AUGAAAUACCUUACUGACGUGGUCGUAACGCUCGCACUUUUGUCUCUCGUUGUCUGGCUUUACUCCUUUUCAUCUCCUAGGAAGAAGAGCCCUCUAUUUCCUGGGCCGGACCCUCUGCCAAUCAUCGGCAACGUUCACCAAGUCACUGACGACUACCAACACAAGACGUUCACUCAAUGGGCGAAAGAAUAUGGUAACCAUUGUAGUCUGUGUUUUCAGGCUCAAUCCACUCAUCUCACGUACCUCAGGAGCUAUAGUUUAUGCGCGAUUUUGUCGCAGCCAGAGCUCGUGCUUCACUCGGUUGCCGCAAACGACUUGAUGGAGAAGAGAGGGGCGAUCUACUCAAGCAGACCACCGCUCGUGUUCUUGAGAGAAUUACUUGGCCUUGACACCAGCCCUGUUCUCUUGCCUUACGGCGAUCAAUGGCGAAUGGAUCGAAAAUUUAUUGGAGCUCUGUCGAUGGAUAUUACAUAUGGCCAUGUGGCGCUCUCUUUGGAGGACGACAAGUUUAUUCGUUUAGCAGCAAAGGCAGCCGUAGAGGCAGCAGAGGCAGGCAGUGUUGCUGCCACGUUGGUCGACUUCUUGCCUAUGCGUAGUUCUCCCGCUUGCUGCGUUUUGUGGACCAGCACUGAUGUCAAAGAGGCAGUAGCAUCUGGGAGCGCUCGGCCAUCAUUUGUAUCCUCUCUGCUGGACAAUCUAUCCACAGACAGAGAGUUGACGCGAGACGAUGAACGCAACAUCGCAGGCGUAGCUGCUGCACUCUACACCGCCGGUACGGAUACUUCUGCUACGACUCUUGAAACCUUCAUCCUUGCCAUGAUGCUUUAUCCCGACAUCUGCAAGAAGGCACAAGCGGAGAUCGAUCAGGUCAUUGGUACUUCUCGGCUUCCGGACUUCUCGGACAGAUCAUCAUUGCCGUAUCUUGAACGUGUUCUACUUGAAGUAUAUCGUGCCUACCUGGACAGCUGGAAUUGUCCCCUCCCAUUGGGUACGCUGAAUCAGUUUAAGACAGCAGCGGUUGCUUACUCUUCGACCAAGCGGUACCACAUUGCUAAACUGCUGACGACAUCUAUCUCAAUCGUUACGUUCCGAAAGGAACAGUCAUUAUACCCAAUUUAUGGUAUGAAUCAUGCUGAUUUGCUGGACGUUCCGCAUCUUCAAGUCACGCCUUGUCACAGGUGCAUGACGCGAGAUGCGGACAUCUUCCCGAACCCAGAAACCUUCCGACCCGAGCGGUUUGAGACCAUGACGGCACAAACGAUUCAUUUAUACGAUUCGCGCAAGAUUGUCUUCGGGCACGGCCGACGCAUAUGUCCAGGCCGCCAAUUGGCCGAUUCCUCAGUCUGGCUCGCGAUGGCUAACAUCUUAGCUUGUUUCAAUAUCUCAAAACCCCAAGGCGGUUUCUCUAACGAUGCGACCUUCACACCCACAUUUUCUCCUGGUGUUAUCAGAAAUCCAGAAACUUCUGAUGUAGCUGAACUUGGAAUCAACAAGCAGAGGGGCCGAACCACAUUCAGUCUAGUACAGGAGCAGAUGUACACGACGUAUGAGCACAUGGAACGGAAAUUGGUGAAGACAGGAGAUGAAUAG